AUGAUUGUUGCCGACUUGCUAGCUGACCCUUGGUUCUCCUCGCUUUGGACUCUUCAAGAGACGUUCCUGUCUCCAGCAGCCGUGAUAAUCCCGGGUGACGCAAUGAAGAGCAGUAUUGACCUCUGUCGUCUCAGUUUUAUCAGUGAGACCCUGCAAUCAAUCAAGGAUGCUUUGGGCUAUGAUGACAAGAUACGGGAAGCCGAUGAAGAGUGUGGCUUAGGUGCUAUGAUUGACCUGACUGGGCUUCUUGUGUGCCUCGAUCAGGAUUCGAUGGGCUUGUUGACGGCUGCAGGACAUCGAACCACUCGCCACGAGGAAGACCGUGUGUACGGAAUUAUGCAAGUUUUUGAACUUCAACUUGGUAAUUCGGCCCCUGGUAUCGAUGAAAAUCGUGCUUUCAGCUUGGAAGAGCUUAACGAUCAGUUGGGCGCAGCAUUAUUGGUAAAAGACCCUAUAUUGAGCCAGAUGUAUAUCUAUCAGGGUAAAGUUGAGCCAAGAAAGGGCUGGCGAUUAGCCAGAUGUUCCAUCGUUCCCUCUGAGUCAAAGGUUUUCUAUCAUCGCAAGCGGGCUCAACCCACAGUCGAGAAUCGUGCAACGCUAUCUUGUCAACGGUUAGAGGCUUCCCUCUGGGGCAAAUUCUCAGGACCGAUGAUAUCAUUUCGAGUUUUCGCACAGCGUCUUUUGCACGAUUGGCCGAACGCAUGGUCUUACGGGGGCGCGACUAUAUUGCUUGACAAGGAAAUUCUCGACGAAUGCCCUGAAGAAUACCGUGCGACCAAUCUCUCCCGGGCUGCAUUUUUGGCGCCUUAUACACCAGAGGUGACAAUUUUGCUUUUGGGAUUACAAAGUGAACUCAAGAGCGAAGGCGAAAAGGGUCGUAGAUCAGCGGUUGGAUUGCUCCUACACCGGUCUUCGGAUCUGGCAUUAAAGACUGCGACGGAACCCGAAAUUUGGAAGCGUGUUGGUCUCUUUAUAUGGAGUGUCGACUCGGAACGGCUAGAAGAGGAAUCAAUCCGCAGCAACGAACCUUUCAAACUACUCGCGAAAUCUAUUGAGAACUCUAAGACUAUAACCAAACACCUUCCUUACCUGAAGGGCGAAGGCCCUGAGUGGAAGGAUGCCUCAGGGUUGUAUGGGUAG